GUGUUUGUGUGUGUAGAGUGUCCGCCUCGUUGAAUGAAUCACAUUUUAGUGUGUGUGAGUUUGUGUGUGUAUGUAUGUGUGUGGUCUUUAGCGGGUGGGUGUGUGCGUUGGGGUGUGUGAACUCAUGCCUUGGAUAACAAUUUUUCUUUCUGUCGUUUUGGACGUAGUGAAGAACAUGAGUACUCCAAGAGGUUGUCUUGAGGCGUUAGGAAAACUGAGCGGCUGGUGAUUACGAAUUACGUUUAAUGACAACACUGGAAACAAUUUUUAGUGUCGUCCGUUGAAGUGACCUACUGCUAAAGAGGCUCGAAGGGCUCGAAGGUUCCUUGUGGAUCUACUGGACGAAAGGUGAUGGCAUAGUUUGUUCCUACUCUUGUGCAAUACAAUCUCAAAGAUGGAAGUGACCCCCUGUAGAGUCAUAGGUUACUAUGUGACCGAAAAGAAGAAUGCGAAAAUGAACUGGUCCGAGUUCAAUAACGUAUGCAGAAACCAUGGAUUUUCCUUAGUCAAGAUAAACCUUCAAGAAAGUUUAGAGGCACAAGGUCCAUUUUUUGCAAUCAUCCACAAGAUAUCAGAUGUCAUUGUGAAGUCCUCCAUGGGGGAUUCAGAAGCAACCGCUGCUCUCAACAAUAUGGAGUCUUAUAUCAAAUUGCAUCCUGAGGUGAUUGUAGUGGACCCACUAGCUGGAGUACGGUCUCUCGUAGACCGAUCACUGUACUAUCGCAUUGUGCAAGACAGUGAUCUGGCACAAGAUCAGGUCUUCAUGCCAACUUUUGUUGACCUUACAUCCACCGACCUGAGUGAAAAUCUGAAGCGAUUGAAAGAUGCUGGUAUCACAUAUCCAUUUGUGUGCAAACCAUCAGUUGCUCAUGGAUCAGAUGCCCAUCAAAUGGCAGUUGUAUUUAAUGAAAAAGGUGUCGCAGAUUGUAAACCACCUUGUGUAGCUCAGAGCUUUAUCAAUCACAAUGCUGUGCUCUAUAAAAUUUUUACUGUGGGUCAUAAUUUUAGUGUGUCUGAAAGACCAUCCCUAAAAAACUUUUCAGCAUCUGAUAAUGAAACAAUUUUUUUCUCUACAUCUGAUGUUUCUAAAGCGGACUCUACUUCAAGCUUGACCGUGUUGGACCCAGAAGAUCUUGCUGCAGCUCCUUCAAGUAAACCUGAUUCUGAUCGUUUGAAACACAUUGUCAGCUCUCUGAGGAAAGAGUUGGGCAUGAUGCUCUUUGGAGUCGAUGUAGUGAUUGAACAUGGCUCUGGUCGAUAUGGAAUAAUUGACAUCAACAUAUUUCCUGGCUAUGAUGGAUUUCCCAACUUUUUUCAAACACUUAUGGAUAACAUUUUAGAUACAGCAUCAACAAAAAACUUUGGAAGUCUUAAAAAGUCGAGACGGAUGUCUGAUGAGACUGAAGAUUCUUGCUCUGCAAGAAAAUAUGAGAAACUAAGACAUCCCAAAACAAACCAUCUUGAGGCACCCCCCUUAUUUCCUAAGCGAGGCACUUUGUCAACUGUAGUGAACAUGGAAAACCCCACCAUCAGAGAGUAUGAACAGGAUGACUCUGGAUUUGACACUGGUGAUUCAAGUGACGAGCGUAAAAAAAAAUGGGGCGUAGCUGGAGGACGAGGGGGUUACACUAGGAAGGUAGCCCAGCAGGCCAGAGGAUUCUCCACUUCUGUGCAACCCUCUCUUAAUAAUUCAUGUGAAAACAGUAUGAGAGGUGGACUAAGUGGUGUUUAGGUGAUAAGCAAAACUGAUUCUCUUGGAAGCCUUAUUGAAAAAUCUCUUAAAAUGUUUUACAUUAUUGUCCUUCCUGAUUUCUGUCCUCAAUACAAGAAUCAACAAUCUUUUUGUAACAUUCCCCACUAAUCCAACCAAUACCUGUUGGAUUGAACUUUGCUCAAAAUUAAAUUAAGAAAAAUGUUCUUGUGUCAAGUCUAGUGUGCCAUGUCAAUUUGUACAUAAUCUGUUUUGUUUGUAAAUGUGAUAGAAAACUGGCCUUAGAUUAUCAGGAUAUAUUUUUGUGACAUAGGGUUGGAAUCAACUAAGCCUAAUUUGUUUUAUUCCUUAAGACUCUUAUUAUGUCAUGACUAACAACUGUAAUCAUUGAGUCUUUUAACACGUAUUCCUGGCCUGUGUCAACAUUUAAUUGUAUUCUAUGUAACUGGUAUGUUUUGUAGGUCGUAUUUUAUAGUAAUAUAUUUAACUUCAAUAUCUAUAAUAAUAUUUAACUUUCAUGCCAGCUGUUGUUAUUAUUUAUAAUGCAAUGCCAGCCAGGGCUAGAGUUUGUGACAUCAGAGCACUGUAUUUACCUUUUAAAACCGCAGGGAAAUCAUCAUAUUUUUCUUGUUUAUUAACAAACACACAGUGCAUGCCUGUGAAUGACUGCUUGUCGCCUUGUGCUUGUUGUUUCAUAAGAAAAGGGCCCUUUUGUCUGUGCCUUGUGUGUAUGCCGGGGCAAAGUCUAUUGGACAUUGUGGAUUUUAUAAGAAGUUUUAAAACGGAAUCCUUCAUAUGAUGCAUGGAUACUUAGUGUAUAAUGUUGCAAUCAGCUUUAACCUUCAUUUAUCUAUUGUUUUAUUCUAUUUAGGACUCACUGGACCCCCAUUUUCUAUCUGUUUUAACUACUGUAAUAAUUAACUGGCUAAAUUUAAUGAAAUAGGCAUUCAGAGGAAUUCCCAUUCAAAAUUGAUCAUGUGGGAACUGAUGGGAGUUUCUCUCCAUGUUCAACGUAUAUGAGAUUCUUGACUGUCCCCAAGCUGUGAUCAAUGAUGAUGAUUCAAGACUGCUUUCUUUCCUCUUCCAAUUGAGUUCUGUGUGUCCUCUUUCUGUGAUCAUUUUAAUGAGAUCCCUCUUGAUACACUGGGUGUUUCAGCACAUGGAACAAAACUGUACAUAUUUUUUAGUUGAAAGGCCUAACUGGUAUUGUUAUGUUUUGUGUGUGCAGUGGGUACUCUUUUCAGUGCCAAUCAAAGUGAUAUUAAGAGAAAAGUGAUUAAAACAUUUGGUGCUGUGAAUAUUAUUUUUAAAAUCACUGCCGUAUCGGCCGUAUUUUACCUCGGUAUGUAAAAGAACGAUAAAGGGCCAGAAAUUUU